AUGGUUGCUUAUUUUUGGUUCAACUUUAGUUAUAAUAAUGAAAUACGAAUACUUGAUGAUGCAAAGGUGCAGAAUGUGCGUGUAGUAGAUCGUUUUAAUAAUCGUCAACAUAUAAUUGGCACAAUAUACUUAACUGACAAACAUUUAAUAUUUGUUGAUCCUGAAGGAAAACGAGAAACUUGGAUUCUUCAUUCUCUUAUAUUAUCUGCGGAUAAAUUACCAACAACACAACAAGGAUGUCCAUUACGUGUUCGUACAAAACAUUUUUUUUCCAUUGAAUUUAUUAUUCCAAAAGAACGUGAUUGUGUAGAACUACAUGCAACAUUAAAUCAAUUGAAAGCAGAAUCACAUGAAAAAUUAUAUUGUUAUCUUUAUCAAGCACCGAAUUAUUUAGAGAAAAUUUGGGAUCCAUUUUUACUUGCUACGGAAUAUAUGAGAAUGGGUGUACCAAAUCGUGAUUGGAAGGUUGAAGAUAGUAAUAGUAAUUUUGAUAUGUGUGAUACAUAUCCACCCAUAAUUUACGUACCAAUGUCUACAACAAAACAAAUGUUAAUUGGUAGUUCAAAAUUUCGAAGUCGAGGACGUUUACCUGUUCUUACUUAUUUACAUCCCAAUGGGGCAUCAAUAACACGUUGUUCACAACCAUUAUCUGGUUUCAGUGCGCGUUGUUUAGAAGAUGAACAACUUCUUCAAUCUAUACUUAAAACAAAUUCGCAUUCAAGUACAAUGUAUAUUAUUGAUACAAGACCUCGUAUCAAUGCAGUAGCAAAUCGUGCAGCAGGUAAAGGUUAUGAAAAUGAAGAUUAUUAUUCGAAUAUACAAUUUAAAUUUUGUCCAAUUGAAAAUAUACAUGUUAUGCGUGGUAGUUUACAAAAAGUACUUGAUGCUUGUGAAAUGAAAAAUCCAUCUAUGAAUCAAUAUUUAAAUGCACUUGAUAGUUCAUCAUGGUUACAACAUAUAAAAGCGGUUUUAGAUGCUGCUAUAUUUAUUGCUCGAGCUAUUGAUAUUGAAAAGAAAAAUGUUCUUGUUCAUUGUUCAGAUGGUUGGGAUCGUACUGCACAAUGUUGUUCAUUAUCAUCAUUAUUACUUUGUCCAUAUUAUCGAUCCAUACAUGGAUUUCGAAUGUUAAUUGAAAAAGAAUGGCUUUCAUUUGGACAUAAAUUUUCUGAUCGAUGUGGACAUACACGAACAAGUGAUAAUAAAGAACAAUCACCUGUUUUUCUUCAAUUUGUUGAAGUUGUCUGGCAAUUAACUCAAAUUUAUCCAACAGCAUUUGAAUUUAAUGAACGCUUCCUUAUAUCAUUACAUGAUCAUUCACAUUCAUGUCAAUAUGGAAAUUUUGUUGGAAAUUGUGAAAAAGAUCGACUUGAUUUAGGUGUCAAAGAACGAACAUAUUCAUAUUGGAAUUAUAUUUUACAGAAUGUAAAUGAUUUUAAAAACCCAUUAUUUCGUCCACAAUCAACUUAUGCAAGUGAAGUUCUUUUACCAACAAUUCAUUCUCAAACAUUAAAAUUUUGGAUGAAUAUGUAUCAUCGUUUUGAUGGCUCAAUUUUACCAAAAGAAAACAUUCCAAAUACAUUAACACAUCUUAUUGAUCAUACAGCAGCACUUAAUGAUCAUGCACGUUUAUUAGAAAAACGUAUACGAGAACUUCGUACAAUUCUGGAAAAUGUUAAUGAACAAACAAAUCAUAGUACAACAUCUCUUCCUGAACAAGAUGGUAAUUUAAGUGAGACUGAACCAAGUCAAACAGCCAAUAAAAAUCUUCCACCAUUAUCAUUGUCAUCCGAUGUCGAAAGUGGUAUUAAUAGUGAUUAUUCACCUAGUGAUCGAACUUCCGUAUCACCACCAUUGAAUCUUCAACAUCAAUUAAGUGGAGAAAUCAAUGAUAUUCCAACAAUUGAACGUAUUGCAUUUGAACUUAAUUCUAUUGCACUUGAUUGGCGUUCAUAUCAAGCACCUCUUCAUUGUACUUGUUCAUUACCAUUUGAUUCAGCACAACGAAAAUAUAAUUGUUGGCGAUGUGGUGAAAACUUUUGUAUACGUUGUAUUGAACAUGGCGUUCGUUUACCUGGUCUUUAUAGUAAUAGUUUAGCACCAGUAUGUAAAACAUGUGCACGUUCAAUAAAAUCAUCAUUAUCAAUGUUUGAAAAUUCAACACCUAAUAAAUCUAAUGAUCAAAAACAAACAGAAAUGAAAUCAUCCUUAUCAAUAAAUGAUGAAAACAAAAUUUAA